CUCAGAGCUCGUAACGGCAGCGGGAGAGAAGUCAUCGCUUCUCCUGCUGCAUUUUAGCACACUGCGUAGGCUUAAAGCAGGUUGAGCUUGGAACCAACUGUCAUCCAAGAUGAACCCCUAUGAGUGAAAUUAAAACCAUUCAGUAAGCUUUUAGCUUCCAGUGGACAAAGCCAUGCCUGAAGAUUAGAAACUCCUCUUGCUUACAGCAAUACAGAAGAUUCCACAUGACAAACCUCCAUGUGUUUGUCCUGCUCCACUGAAUCCUCCCUCCCUUCUUUAAUAUAAGAUCUGUCCAUUUCAUUUCACUCCUUGCUCACUCAUGGCCACCUGGGAACAUGCACCUGCAUCUGAGAAUGGCUCCAACCUAGACUCAUGCGACCAGUGAGUGGAGAGUCAGACGGCCCUGCCCCUGAAAGAGUAUCGCGGGCCUUGGCUGUGUCAGGGCCUGUGUCCUCCUCAGAGAUGUCCUCACUGCAAUCACUAGGGCCAGUGCAGAGCUGGCUGGGUCAGGAGCUGGAGAAAUGUGGCAUAGAUGCAAUGAUCUACACACGCUAUGUCCUUAGCCUGCUACUGCAUGACAGCUAUGACUAUGACCUGCAGGAACAGGAAAAUGACAUCUUCCUGGGCUGGGAAAAAGGAGCAGGGAAGAAAUGGGGGAAGAGCAAGAGGAAGGGAGGGACCGACCUUAGUCUGGAAGAGAUGAAAAAACAAGCUGCAGUGCAAUGUUUGCGUUUAGCAUCUGAUGAGAAUUCUGGAAUUGAAAACUUGGUUGAGGAGCUUUGCUCCAGACUCAAGGAUAUUCAAAACAAACAAAAAGAAAAAGAAAAGCAAGGAAAUAAAAAAUCAGAUACAUCUCAGUCUCCUGAACCGGAGGAAUCAACUUCUUCAAAGGACCAGGUUGAGAUGUAUUAUGAAGCCUUUCCAUCUCUGUCAGAAAAGCCUGUUUGUCUCCAAGAAAUAAUGACCGUGUGGAACAAAGCUAAAGCCUGCUCAUAUUCUAGCUCAUCAUCAUCUGCUGUCCCUCAAACAAGUACAGACACAUCCUCCCCAAAAGACUGCACCAGCGAGAGUGAAGCCUUUAGGGACAGAACACUUGAUGCACCAAGCUCCACAACCUACGAGAAGCCCCAGCAGCGACGCACUAAGAGGGAGAAGGAGAACCGAUUCCAUGGAAGCGCAACAGUAGUUCCUGAUGAUCAGGUUGCUCCUCAAUUUAAGAGGCAGGCCAGACACCGGUCUGAGGGGAGAUUCCGUCUCAGGUCAUGGUCCUCUGGCUCUAGUGAAGCUGGCUCGAGCUCCAGUGGUAACCAGGGUGACCAGACCUCUAGUUGCAAAGCAGUCCAUAUCAGACACAAGUCUCGAGAGGUCAGCAGCAGAAACAAAAGGGUGCGCAAAAACAAACAGAAUAGUGGACAGGUCAAACUGGCCCUGAAAUUUAUUGACAAAGAUGAGCGGAAAAAUGCUCGGGGCAGCAUCAGUACCACUGGAGGCCCAUCUAAGCAACAGCAGCACUACAUGAAAAAAGGCAAGAGACCUCUGAGGGAGAUCCGCAAAGAUGCUAACCUGGUUGAGGCACAGGAUUCAGGAGGAGAGGUCAGUAAAAAGGAAUAUAUGGAGGAGCCUCUUUGGUACACCGAGCCCAUCUCUGAAUACUUCGUCCCCCUCAGUAGAAGUAAAUUGGAGACAAAGUAUCGGAGUAAAGAAGACUCUCCCAAUGACUUGGCUAUGUCGUUUGAUGUGGACUGUCUGUCAGAGAGAAUUCAAGGAAUUUGCAUUUCAAAUUCUUGUUUUCAAAGGGCAUACCUUGCAGCAGGCACUUUUGUGGAUGGGCACUUUAUUGAAGUGCCUGGUGAAGGUGACGAAGAGGCUACUGAAUUGAAUGGGAUUACAAGUUACCCUCCUCCUGAAGAUGGUCAAGAUUUAGAUGACAAGCAUCUGUCUGAAUUCACUCACUUCUAUGAAGUUGAUUUUUAUCAAUCCAUAUUGGAUCCUAGUGCCUCAGAUGCGGUACAAGAAAGUCGAAUCUUGAACAUGAUUCGCCAGAAGAGUAUUGAGCGGAAACACUUUGAAGCUGACUGUGUAGAUUUAGAUGGCCUUGAGCUGCAAGGGGAAAGGGUUGAUUCUCUGGGAGCCUCAGAAGCUGAUGUUUCUCUUACACAGGAUAUGGAAAACAUUGCACAAGUGUGGGAGUGUUGUUCAUCUUCUAGUUUGGAGGAUUUAGAGGGAGAAAGCUGUACAGGUGACUCUCCACUUAGGCUCUCCCCAGCAUUGGACAAUGUUCCAUUUAACUUUAGUAAGGUGUCUGGAGCUUUUGUAGGUCCUCAUCUCCAAGAAGCCAGCAGUAGCAUCUCUGCCCUAAACUCCUGCUUUUCACUUUUUGAGUUGCAGUAUGAUAGCCCUACUUUUUCUUUUUCCUGUGACUCACUCACAGGGGGUCAGGACAACAUAGAUUCAAGUAGCUGUUUAGAUCCACAAGGAAACAAACAAUCUCGUUUGCUAAUUUGGACCAAAAACAGUGCCUUUGAUGAAACGGAACACUGCUCUAACUUAUCAACAAGGACUUGCAGUCCGUGGUCUCACUCAGAGGAGACACGGUCAGAUAGUGAGCAGAUCAGUGCUCCAGCAGAUGAAUCUGCUCAGUUUGGUAAUGAAGAGGUCAGUUGUAUCCCCCUCAUCCCACCUACAUACCUGGAGGAAGAACUUCUGGGUUUCUUGCAAGAGAACUCCAGUCACCAGUCGGAAGAAACUAGUGUGGGCACUGAUUCAAACCAGGCCUUUAAAAAGAAAUCAAAAUUGGAGUCAGUUUGCGGCAUAGCAUUAGAGCAGGAUGAGAGUAAACUGUACAAUGCUGUUGUGUUUUCAGAUGUCCCAAAUCAUCAAAGUGAUGAAUACACCUCAGGGAUAAUAAAAGACAUUUGGAUGGCAAUUGGAGACGGAGACUGUGUCUUAACACUUGGGGUAAAGAAUACAGGGGAGCACUUGUUUUCAGAGGAGGCUACUGCCUACCAAUGCAGUUGUCUUGACAAGGAUAUAAAAGGUGAAAUUAUUCAAAGGAAAGCUGUGCAACGUUCUGAGUACCAUCUUUGGGAUGGGCAGAAAAAGGAUGAAGGACUUCCUAAAAACAAGCUCUCUAAAAUAGAUGAUGGUGAUUAUACGACACCGGCCAAGCCCUGGAAUUGUAAUGCACAGGACAGCACGUCAUUUAUCCUUGGGGGAGUUUAUGGAGAGCUGAAGACUCUAAGUGGUGACAGGGAAUGGGCCAUGAUUCCACCUGGUGAGGCUUGUGGUAGUUUGUUGCAAUGUGCCACAUCUUCUGAUAUGGUAACCAUUGCAGGAGCAGAUGUGUUCAUGAACACAAGCAGUUGCUUUGCUCCUGGCCACAAGCCACUGUGGAGACCUCUUGUGUCCCUUGGUCAAAAUGAGCAUACUAACAGGGGACCAGGGGAUGGUUUGAAUAAGGGAUUUUCUGUUUUCUUCCAUGAAGAUUUACUUGGAUCACGUGGAGGCUUCCGUGGAGAAGAGCCGGGACUAGAUUACCCGUUUUCAUCCUUUGAUCUCAACAACCCUUUUUCCCAGGUCUUGCAUGUGGAGUGUUCCUUUGAGCCAGAGGAUAUGGCCUCGUUCAGCCCAGGAUUCAAGCCAAAAUCCAUAUUAUGCUCAGACUCAGACAAUGAGCCCUUUUGCCCUUGGUUAUAUGGCAUCAACCGAACUCAGUAUCGGGCCAUUCGAAUUUCACCAAGGACUCAUUUCCGGCCAAUAUCUGCCUCUGAACUGUCUCCAGGUGGAUGCAGUGAAUCAGAUGUCGAGUCUGAGAAAGAAGUGAGUCUUCCAGCUGGUCAUACAGAACGCUUUGAUGACCCACAGGCUGACCUCAAGCCUCUUGAGGAUGAUGCAGAAUGUGAGGGCCCUUACUAUGGGAAAUCAGAAUUGGAGUCUGGAAAGUUCCUACCCAGCUUAAAGAAGUCUGGCAUGGAGAAGAGUGCCCAGACAUCACUUGAUUCGCAGGAGGGUGGGAGCACCCUUCUGCCAAUUGCUGAACAAGAGAUAUGCAUACAUUGUGAGACGGCAGCUGUGUCAGCAUUGUGUUCUCAUGUGCAUCCCUCUGUUCUUCAACAAGAGGAGUCUUACAGAGAGACAGAGUCUUGCCAAUAUGUUGCAACAGAUCAGAUUCCAAAAAUUGGAAAGUCACUCGAUGUGGUUCAAGAUAUGGAUGAGUUUACUCUGUUGAAUUUUGGAGAACAGUGCUUAUCUAAUAUCCAGCAAGAAGAGUGUUGGUGGCAAAGCACACUCUGUUCUCCUUUAUUUCCAGAUUCCUAGUGCAGAGGAAGCAGUAACAUGAAUCUUCUGCUGAACACAGGCAUACCAAUGCAACUAUUCUCCUAUCACCUUCAACCAUAACCCAGAUGAGGGAUGGGAAGAUCCUUUCAAGAACAGCAAGCGCAGGGCCCACAGUGGGCUCUUAACAACACUUUCCUAAGCCCUGUUAAUCUGUUCACUUGUAACAGCACAUCAGCAAGAAGAAAAUGCAAAGAGAGGAAAGACAUGGCAAUAGGUUGAGCUUACAGUUAGAUAAUUCUGUUCAACAGCAUUUAUUAUUGACUCGUUUUCAGUCUGUUAAUUCCAAGGUUGAUCACAAAAUAAUUAAAAAAGGCAUAGUUAAAUAUUUAAGAAUGUUUUUUAAUUUCCCCAUUAUAAAUUUUAGCUUCUCUUUUCCGUUUGAUCUAGGAUACAUUCUAGCUGAGGUCCUACUGAUUGUGCAUGUGCUUGUGAACCUAGUCUCAGUCCUAAUAGUAGAAGUUUCUGUGACCUAACUAUGAAUACUCAGAAUUCCGGUUGAAAGCACUAUGAUUGCACCCCUUUCCCCAAAUAAUUUAUUAAGCUUUUUGCCUUUUUCUUCCAAAUUAUUUGUAGAGGAGUUGUGGGGUUUGGUGUGUUGAAGGAAAAAGUGCUGUAUGUUUUUGUUCCCACCACCACUUUUUCGUGCUGUUUUCAAUCAACCUUUUUUUAAUGUUCCCAUUCAAUUCCAUGGAGCUUUGACAGCAUCUUAGAAAAAUACAACAUGGUAAGAAGUUAAUACAAUAAUCAAACUGAAAAACAAAGCUGAUGCAAAAUCAAAGGUUAUAAGAGUCCCUUACGAUGAUUUACAUCCUUUAAAUUAGAAGAUGCUUUCUUUGCUUGAGUAAUCCCUUUAGUACAGCCAUUGUGAUGAAUAGAUUUAAAUUGAUUGACUAUUGGUUUAAAAAAUGCAUUCUCCCCUAUAUUUUUUUAAGUUGCUUCAUUUGUGAAAUUGUCUUUCAUAAAAUUUAAUGUGGAAGUGAGUUCUGAUUUCAAAGAAUGGUUUACAUUUUACUGAAUAUAAGUUUUGACCCAGCUACCAAUUCAUACAGGUUUUUUAAAAAUAUAUAUAUUACACCUUAAAGUUGAUAUUGUAUACCAGUUUUGUAGUGCAGCCAUCAUUUUAUGUAUAAUUUCUUUUAAGCACUGCAUAAAGGUCCGUUUAUAGGUAUUUUGGUUAAAUUUCCACCCACCCACCUCAAAAGUGUGACUACUGAUAAUUCUUGUAUAAUAUGGCUUUAUUAAUUUUGUAAACAAGAAAAGAGCUAAUGAGUGUUUCCAGUAACAGCAAAUUGCUUGAAGGGUGUUUGAUUUCAUAAACAUUUCUGGCUAACUUUUCUACCAGAAAUCUGUUGCUGUUUCCUUGUGUACUAAUACAUCAUACACGCAGCAUGGGCAGUACUCAGCAGGAUCUAAAAUAAAAGGGUUGAUUAAAAGCAAUAUAAUAUUUUAGCACACUAUAACUCUGCAACCAUUUAUAUUGUUGUAUUUGAUAUGUUUUGUGUGUUAAGUGCUAAGAGGAACAUACAAAGGUUUUAUUUCUGAGGUAUGUUGGCUUUUGUUUGCUGGUUUAUUUCCUUUUUCCAGUGAAUGAGCUCUAAAUGACUUUGUAAGAAAGGUUCCUUGACUAUAUACAUAUUUUAAGAGGUUUGGAAUUGAAGAUGGUAGAGAAUGUAGUGCAACCUUUUUAUGUUUGCAUAAAAAAGCUAUUUGGUUUAAAAGUUCCAGAUUCUUCAUUGUUACCUUUUCAUACUGCAAAAUCUAGUCCAUGCUAAAUUUUGCAUUUUGAAUUCCAUCCUUUACUAUAUUAUCAAUUCACUUUUAUCUGCUUCUGUUUAAUAUAGAUAAUUAGUAAUUCUGUGACCUUAAUUUAUAGACAACUUUGAUUCAUUGCAUGGUGUCUAGCCUGCCAUCUGCUGGAUUUACUCUAGGUUGAACUGCUCCUUCCCAUUAAUUCAGUUUCUUUGUUACAUAUGUAUCGACAUAAAAAAUAUGUACAUUUAUACAACACAUGCAGAUUGUAAAUGGUAUGAAGUAGCAUAAGAAAAUUUGGGACUUGAAAACCAAAUUUGUAUUUUUUUGAAAGAGUUGGAUUUCACUUUGCGUUGCAAUAAAAAAAAAUAUAUAUAUAGCAGCGUUUAUGUACCAAAGUGGAAAAUGGGGUCUAAAAGAAUUAAAAUAGUUAUAUAAAAAUGCUAUACUUUUUCCACACUCACAUGUAUGUGUUUCUGCAUUGGUAGAGCAUUAGUUGCUAAAUACUUUAAUAUAAAGGGGAUUGGAAUAUGACUGGGAUUUGGAAAAUGUUCACCCCAAUCAGCAUUAUGACCAACAAAUUUAUUUGAAAAAUGUUUACUUAAGACAGGAGGAUUAUUAAGGGGUUUUUUUUUUUUUUUGCAUCCACUUUCUUUUACAAAAUGCCAUGUCUAAGAAAUUAGAAAUUUGCUUCUGCUUCUUUGCAUGUAAGAAUGUCUUGUUGCCGUUUUUUUUUUACCUACACGUCAAGCCCUUGGAUUAAAUUGCAAAAAAAAAUUCUAAAGACACUUAUGCAUUGGUGCUACCAUUCAUACACUACAUUUAAGACAUAAUGUACAAAUUUGUAUUGGCCUAAGAAAAAUGUGUGCACACUUGGUAAUUCCUAUUAACACAUUUUUUUGGUUACAGUUUAGGCCUUGUUCUUCAGACUAGGUCAAUGUUUUGGGUUUGUUCAAGUAUAUGGUCCCAGACUAUGGAACGGGCUGUGGUUCUUAAAAAUGUAUAGUGGUAGAUAUUCCAGCGUGAUGGGUUACGAUUAACAUGUUACAUUGCAGUUCUAUUUUUCUCAUUUAAAAUACUGCUGACAAUUCCAAAAUGCAGUUAGACAUUGUUGGUAUUGUGUUCUUUAUUCUCAAGUACUUCUAAUUAAAAGUUCCAUCCUAAGUAGGCAGUCAUCUUAGACAAAGGUUUUUGUCUUACUUGAAUUUGAUGGUCUUAUAUUAAGAAGUUUGUUUUAAGGGUGUGUGGUUGACAGAGGACAAAAUAAUUGAAAUUUAAGCAGCAUUUUGAGAGAAGACAAAUGUUAAUGUGUUAUGUGUGACCGUCAAGUAUCACAAAGGCAGAGGAUUUAAAGUUACAGAAAUUUGAUAUACAGUUCCUCUUUUUUUGGAAUCGGGUAUUUUAAAAUGUUUGAACAAACCAAAAAAAAAAAAAAAAAGUGAAAUACAAAGUUUAUUUUAUCAUCUUUCAAGGCAAUUAUAAUGUUUUUUUUUUUUUUUUUCCAUGUGUGUGUGUGUUUUUGUGUGUGGUGGUUUGGGUGCUGGAGAAAGACUUAAGACCGUAUAGGUGGGAAAUGGAAAAUUUCAUUAAUUUGCCAUCUUGUUUCUUUUCCGAGGUUUUAAUUUGGUUUUGUAUUUUGGAAGGUGGUGCCACACAAAUCGGUGUGUUUUGAAAGAGGGUGGCUUUGCUGACUUAUUUCUCCAUUUUCUCUUUGUAACAGCUUCCUAAACGGAGCCCUACCCUGUAUCUUUCCUCUGAAUACCUGAUUAAAGUCACCAAACCC